AUGAACAAUAGACACAACCAGCAUCCAACCCCAUUCGCUCCUAGCACUAGACCAGCAGACCUGGAGAAUACCACACCUCUCUUUCAAAAGCAACAAUUGAUGGGGAAUAGCACUGGUCCAAUCAAACCGAACAUUCUUCAACCACAACAACAGCAACAACAAUUAAAAAAGGGAGGCAAUGAUUCCUCAGCUGCUUCAAAUCUGAAGAGAAAGGCCUUGGUCGACAUCACAAACACCCAGAAAGGUGCCAACCUUCAGCAAAACAAUCCACUCCAACCAGCCAAGAAGAAGAUUAAAUCCAAUCCUAUCCAAGUCUUUAAUGAUAAUCCAAACUCUAACAAGUCCCAACAAGCUCUCCCACAACCAAUCAAACCAAAGAAUAUACUCUCCCAACAAUUGGGUAAGAAGAUUGUCUCCACUCUCAAGUCCAAUCCUCUCAAAUUAACCUUUGAUGAUAAUGAGAUUGAGUAUUGUCCUCAGAGUGAUGAAGUUUUCGAACAUCCAACUCCAGUCUUUAGCGAAUUCAACUUGCAAACUGGACAAACUGAGGAUAUCUUUGUCACACUCUCCGAUGAGAGGAUGAAGGAAAUUACCAAACCACCAACUUGCAAACCAGGAUCAUUCCUGUCUUUUGAUGUGCUGGAUUCAAUCACAACAACACCAUCCUCUCCAUCGCCUCAACCUCUCUCACCAAUAGCCUUUGAUGAUAUUUUCAAUUUUGAGGUUUUGUAA